AUGGCGGAACAGAGCUUCAACGAGCAGCUCCUGCAGCUGUUGGCUGCAACACGAGAUCUCCACUUGAAAGACGAGCGGACACCUAACGGUGGAACGUCGGAUGUAGAGACUGAAAGCUCCGAGCACCCUCUAGUUGUUCUUUCUGCCUUGGCAGCUAGACUGCAGCGAGAUGGCAAGGAGAAAGAGGCGAAAACAAUUCUGCAGGUCGUCAGCAUCGCCACGGCGUCCCCCGACUACGGCGGUAUGGGUUUGACCUGGACCGGGGAGUCAAGCGCAACGGACCGCAGCGAGCUGAUUCUGCUCACAUCAGCAUGGCUCGAGAGUCUGAAUUCCAGCGAUCGACGGGGGGGACCGAUCGUUCCCCUAGUAAGCCGGCCUGCCAGCCGCCGCCCCAUGAAUGUUACAGAGAAGAUAUUUGCUCUGCAUGACGUGACUCGCACAGGAUGGGUCCGAACAGGGGAUACGAUUAGAGUUUCUGUCGACUGGAUCAUGGCUAGCGAGGCUAGCUGGCAUGGCAUGCUUCAAGUCUACAACAAGCUGGGAGACCCUGGAAUCUUUUCGAAUUCCAACUUCUGGUUGGCUGGCGAUCAUGUGGUUGAUCCAAGGCUGAUGGAUACGCCCCUUGUGCAGAAGCUGGUUGGCGAGAUGGACUUUGCUCGUAAGAAGUUCAAGAUGACACAGUUCCAGGGCAACAAUUACACCAUCAUGCACACCGAGUUCUACCGUGAGCGGGCCCAACCAGGCCAAAUCAUCAUUGGCUCGGAUUCGCACACGUGUAGCUCUGGGGCCGACGGUUGUCUUGCGAUUGGACUGGGUGCAACCGAGGUCACGAUGGCUCUGGUUACUGGAGAGAUCUGGUUCAAAGUUCCCGAGGUCGUCGAGAUCCACCUUGUGGGUAAGCCCCAGCGCGGAGUCGGAGGUAAAGAUAUUAUCCUCUAUAUUCUUCAGCAGCUCAAACGGAAUACGGUGGCUGCGGAUCGGGUAGUUGAGUAUACGGGCCCCGGGUGCCGAUGGUUGAGUUCUGACGCCCGCUUUGCCAUUGCAAACAUGACUACCGAGUUUGGUGGCAUCACAGGGAUAUUUGUUCCUGACGAAGUCACUAAGGACUUUAUCGAUGCCCGUAAAACAGCCCAUCACAGGACCGCAUCGUACUACUUCAAGCCCGACGAAGGAUGCUCCUAUGCGGAGUCACAUACUAUCGACGUCUCUCUGGUCGAGCCCUUUGUGGCCAAGUACCCGAGCCCCGAUGAUGUAGUGCCGGUGUCUGAUGUGGCAGGUACUCACCUUGAUGGUGUCUUCAUCGGUGCUUGCACAACAGCGGAGGAGGAUCUUGUCAUGGGCGCGCUUGUGCUGCAGGCUGGCCUGGACGCGGGAAGGAAGCCGACAGGCCUCGCAGACAUUUACGAGAGAGCGGGCUUCAUCAUUGGCAUCCCUGGAUGCAGCUAUUGUGUGGGAAUGGGCGCUGACAUGGCCAAACCUGGGGAAGUCUGGCUCAGCAGUCAGAACCGCAAUUUCGAGAACCGUAUGGGCAAGGGGGCUAUCGGCAGUUUGGCGUCCGCUGCAACGGUGGCUGCGUCGUCUUUUGACAUGGCUGUCACUUCUCCACAAGAUCUUAUUGACCUCAUCCCAGCGGAUCGAUGGGCCGCCGUCAAGGGUAAAGGAUCCCUUGCCGAUGGUAUCCUCAGCCAACCGCAAUGGGUGGAGCCACCAGGCCAAGAUGCCGAAGAGGAUGCGAAGGACGUCGCGGAGGACCAGGGACCCAGCCCGUCCGGCGAGGACGCGGCCGCCGAUCAGGCUAAGCCCGGCUCCGGGACCAUUAGGAGUAAGAUCUUCCGUCUAGGAGAUUUUGUUGACACCGAUGCGCUUGCGCCUGCACAAUACCUUCUCACAUCCAAGAACAACGAGGAGCUCGGCACUCAUUGCCUCGAGUUCACCAACCCGGAAUUCCGGCAGCUCGUUAAGGAAGGUCACAAAGUCAUUGUUGCUGGCGAUGCGUUUGGCUGUGGAUCUAGUCGUCAAGAGGCUGUGCAAGCUUUACUAGGCGUCGGUGUCGAAUGUGUGAUUGCAAAGGCAUUCGCGUUCAUUUACAGCCGAAACCAGCCGUCCUUGGGUCUGUGGGGCUUCACCAUCGACGAUCCCUUGUUUUACGAGAAGGCGCAGACAGGAACCAACAUUGAGAUCGACCUGGAUCGCAACGUGCUGACUGUCGACGGCGAGACAUUCGAAUUUCGGUUGUCCGUGCUCGAGAAGAAACUGACCAAGAUGGGCGGCAUGACAAAUGCCUUCAACCAAUUUGGCAAACGCAUCUACGACGUCUUGACGGGUCGCAAAGCCUCACAGGGUGGUGUCGCAAAGGAACUCAAGGCUAAACCUGCCCGAGAUGUCAUGGCAUGGUGA